AUGGUUGGUCGUGGCCAACAGGCCAACAGGUCAACAUCCAACAUCAACGUCAACGUCAACGUCAACGUCAGCAGCGGCAUCCAACCUCGGACCUCGCAGCUCCAGCCCGCCGGCCAAGCUUCACAAGGUCCGCUUCCGCCUGCCCGAGUGAGAGCGCGCCGUCCAGUCCCUGAACCAAACACCACCACCACCAGCAUGUCGGGAUCGGGCUACGACGCCGUCGUGGAUGUGGACGACGAGGGAGAUCUCGGCCACACUGAUCUCCAAGAAGAUCUCGAGUUCCACACGUCCAACUUCAACGAGGCGUCCCAUGGCGGGCGCAAGAACGCUUCUCCCGGCCUCCCCCCGCCGGCGACGGCGUCGUCCUCGUCGCCGUCGAAGCGCUUCCUGUGGUCCGUGUCCUUUUACUCCCAGUUCUUCGAUGUGGACACGUCGGCCGUGCUGCAGCGCUGCUGGGCCGCGCUGUUCCCCCGCGCCAACUUCCUCGACGUCCUCGAGGGGAACCCGGACCUGUACGGGCCCUUUUGGAUCGCCACCACCGUCGUCUUGAUCCUGUUCCUGGGCGGCACCAUCAGCGACUGGCUGUCAACGAGAGGCACCACGCAGUUUGCCUAUGAUUUCCGGCUACUGAGCGGUGCCGCCGGCCUCGUCUACGGGUACACUCUCUUCAUCCCCAUGGUCCUCUUCCUUGCGCUGCGCUAUUUCGGCAGCGAGUCGGCCAAUCUGCUCGAGUGCUGGGCCCUCUACGGCUACUCGAACCUGAUUUGGAUCCCCGUCGCCAUCAUCAGCUGGUCGCCCAUCGAGAUCCUCAACUGGACCUUUGUCGCCGUCGGCUUCGGCAUGUCGGUCGCCUUUUUGCUGCGCAACCUGUAUCCCGUGCUCAGCGCCACGGAUCGCCAGGUCAGCAAGGUGCUGCUGGUCGUUGUCGUGCUGCUCCACGCCGGCCUCGCCAUCACCAUCAAGAUCCUCUUCUUUGCGCACAACAGCCCUGCGGCGAAGAAACCCGAUGCGCACCCCCCUGCGGAGAAGCCCGGGAAGCCCGCCUUUUUUUCCUUUUAA